AUGUACCCCUUCCACCCCCGGAUCCACCCCGGAUGUACCCCGGAUCCAGGUCACCCGGAUCCAGGUCACCCAUAUCCAGGUCACCCGGAUUCAGGUCACACGGAUCCGGGUCACCCGGAUACAGGUCACCCGGAUCCAGGUCACCCGGAUCUAGGUAACCCGGAUCCAGAUCACACGGACCUAGGUCACCAGGAUCCAGGUCACACGGAUCCGGGUCACCCGGAUACAGGUCACCCGGAUCUUGGUCUCCCGGAUCCAGGACCCAGAGACCCAGGUCACCCGGAUUCAGGUCAACUGGAUCCAGGGACCUAG